CCCACUAUGGCAAAACGUAAAGGCUUAAGGGUUGAACUUGUAAUGUUUGAUCCCGAUCUUUAGCUGGUAGAAGCUGAAAUAGCAGCUUUGAAUUAAAAGUAGCUCUCACUGACUUCACAGGGUGUUGUGCAGCUUAAUGGUUGCAUGAAGAAGUGAAAAGUUAAUUUGUUUUGAAACUGCUGGGAUUUUUUUUUGUUUUUAUUUUUCGGUGUGUGUUUGAAGCCUAAAGGGAAUGGGUGCGAAGAAAUAGAAGGAAGAAACGGGAGCAGAUAUGUGGCCUUCAACAAAACUUAUCUACCUACCUAGCCCCCAUUACUCUAAAACUCAAAGCCUGAAUCUCUUUUUCCAGUAUCAGUUGUGUCUCAUGUUUUCUUUACUCCCUCCUGUGUUUUUCAGGACUCACUCCAUCACAGAAGAUGUCUUACUGCCCACCCCAGGAUUGCUAUUAUGAUAUAUGCCCACGCCCAUGUAUUGACGUCCGCAACGAGCCGUGUGUCACAUCAUGUGGAGAUUCGAGUGCAGUAGUUUAUGCGCCACCAGUUGUUGUGAGAUUCCCAGGACCAACUCUUGCUACUUGCCCUCAAGACAGCAUUGUGGGAACAACCUUACCAAAUUUGCCCGCAAGAGCUGGAGUCCCAUAUAGUUCUGGUGGAGGUUUCAGAGGCUCAAUCGGUUCUGGGGUUACUUAUGGUGGUGGUUAUGGGGGAGGUUACAAUGGUGGUGGUUACUGGGGAGGUAACGGUGUUGUUUAUGGGGGAGGUUACAAUGGUGGUUAUGGGAGUGGAGCCUGGGGUGGUUAUGGGGGUGGUUAUGGAGGGUCAUAUGGUUCUGGGGGCUCAUGUGGUUAUAGCAGGAAGUCAUAUCGUAGCAUUUCUGGAGGAAGAUAUUCCGGGUCCGGCUAUGGAAAUUGUGGGCCAUGUUAAACCCAAAAGAACGAUCCAUGGAAUGAGACACAAUCAGGAAAUGACAAGAUAGAGAUUCCGUACUGAUCUAAUGGACAAUGAUACCUACAACUCUACUUGCAGACUGUGGGUGUUCAUCAGCUCUGUAAAUCAGGCCUAUCGGUGUCUGCCACUUGUUACAUAUUAGUGUAGGUUUAUGAUCCAAUGGUUUUGCAGCUUAGUCUUAUGCUCCUAUUGUGCUUUGUGCUAUCUGAUGUUGAACUGGCUAAAAUAAGUCA